AUCGUGCGCACUCAGAUCACAUGAAUGUGAUCGUGAACACUCAGUGAAAUCUGAACGUCGGUCAUCUGCGAAAGGUAAGCUUAAGCUUGUUAAGAUUACUUUUUUUAAUAGGCAUUUUCUUGUAAAAGAAAAGGUUGUUGCUGGUGAAAAAAUGUUAUUUUUGUUUAAUGCUCGUAAUACAAGUUUUAUCACUACAUUAUUUUUAAAAUGCACUACUGCCGCUGUGUGCCGCCAAAUUAUGCUCGCAAAGACCAUUUUGAUAUCUCUUUCAGUCAAAUCGUGGAAUUGUUGUGAAAUGUAAUCCCCAAAAAAAAAGGCAUGAGGAGAAGAAGUAACUGCAGGGAUCACUUGUGUUACUUGAGGUUGAAUCAGAAAUAUUAAAAUCACCCGUUACGUGAAAAGGUGUUAAGUGCAUGAUAUUUUUUUCAGUUUUGUAGAUCAGUUACCAAGAUUCUGAAGAUGUCACCACCUGAUAACACAAGAUUAAAAUUGUGCUCCUGAAAGUAAGUUUAUAUUCUCUGUGACCUCUGCUAUAAGUGUGUUUUGAUGUAGAUAUGAUAUAUUUCUGACCCAGAUAAUUAUUUUGGGCAAUUGCCCCUUGUGGCAGCGGGGGGGGGGGGGGGGGGGGGGUACUCCCUAUAAUGGCCUAUAGGAGGAGGUUGUGCUCAGUACCCUAUAGGUGUGUGAGCUACCCCAUAGCAUGCUGCAGUUGUAACUAUUGAAUUGAGCACAUGGAAUCCGAAUUUUGGUGCUUAGACACAAUACUAUGAUCCGAUAAAUUUUCAAACAGUUGAUGAUAGAUGAUUCUUUCAAAUACUUUGCCAAUUAUAGAGGUAACUCAUAUUGCAUGAUAAUUGUCUAUGUUGCCUCUUUUGCCACUUACUUGAAUAAAGAAGUAACCUUUGUGGACUUCCAAUCGUCUGGGAAAUAUACCAUUAGCUAUAUAAAGAACUAUUAAAUGUAAUUGAAAUAAUAUGAAGUGCAAUUGAUAAAGCACAAUCUGUAAUAAGCUGACUAGAUAUUUCAUCUGGACCAGCACCUCAAGAUUUAUUCGUUUUUUUAAAAAGAGACAACACCAGAUUACUAUCUAUCAGUGGGGAUGAAUUUGGAAUCUUUCACUUUAAAGGCCAGAGAUAUUUAAAUUCCUGAAAACUGGGGUCAUUGUUUAAAGGUAUUUCGCAAGCCAGUUGCGGGCCAUUAAAUUGUAGAGAAGUGAUCAUCGAAAGUGUUUGACAAAGCAGUUGAAUUAGUCAUAGAAACUCCAUUUGGACUUAAUUCCUUAACAGAAGACCUGCCGGAUUUAUGAGAAGUAUUAGCUCAUUGAUGACCUGCCACGUUUUAUGCAGGUGGCCAUCAGUUUCACUAAAUUUGUUUUUAUAAAAUAAUUCGUAAGCCUGUUUGAUUUCAGCAUUGACUUUAAAUUGUUAUGCAUUCUUUUAAAGCAGACCCAAUUGUGCAGAUCAUUGGACCUAAUUGCUUAAAGUGCCUUAUCACCAGUUAAAUAGAGGAUAUUACAUGGCCGCGCGGGGAUGCGAAUUUUAUCUUUGAGUGCUGAAAGUAUCUCUCACGAGUAAGCAAAGCGAACGAGUGAGAGAUACUUUCAGCAUUGGAAAAUAAAAUUUGUAUCCCCAAGCGGCCAUGUAAUUUUCUGUUUAUUUUAUGUAUACUGAUGAAAUUCCUACAUAAAACACAACUUUUUUAACCCAUUCGCUCCUGGAGAUUUUGCCCAAAAACGUGUUUUGAAGCUAGUCGAGUGGUUUUCUGGUCACUGUCGUGCUAUAAAGAGCUAAAACUUACCACAAACCGGUUUACAGGUUGUACACUUGGCGGCCUUCUGAUCCAGAUGCAAAAUAUCAGCUUGCGAAGUUCGGGCAUGCGCAGAAAGCAAAAUUUCGACAUAGUUUUUGGGUUUAAAAGUGACACAGCAGUCUUGACUUUUACUUUUCGCUUUCUCUCCUCCCUUCUUUUUUCGCUUUUCUUGCCUCAUUUUUUUUUUUCUCUUGCUGGGCAUUUAGUAGGCUUCAUUUUGGUGGGAAGAGUUUUUAGGAAAGCUUUUAGGAUCUUAGGAUUAGGUGAAAGGAAAGGUAGGUGGGUAAUGGAACAAGAUUUUCAUGGAGAUUUUCAGGUCCUUGUCACGUGGUUUUUUGCUUUUUUCUCCGGUGUCCUUGACUGAAUUGUGCUCAUUCUGGUAUGGUUUGAAACAUCUCUUCACUCUACACAAGUUAGCGAAGAAAGUUGUCCUUGACCGUUAAAACUGAUGACGUCACAAAGGAUAGAAAGGACCUGGAUCCGCACAGGCGGUUACGGGCGGUUCAGGGGCGAAUGGGUUAAAUUCAUUUUCGAAACAGCAAAAUAGUGCAUUUAAAGUGGUCACCUAUCACAAAAUGCCUGUCACAAAAAUGUUAUGAAACUCGGAUAUAAAGUUAAAAAAGAGAAAAAAAGACAAUAAUACUUAGUAACCUGAGCGGGAAGCUCUCUCGUAAUUGGCUAAUCAUGUUAGUAACCAUGGCGACACCAAUAUCCUCACACGUGAAAGAUAAAAAUAGUAUCUUCACUGCCCGUGAUGAAGAUAUGAUUUUUUAGUGAAAGGAAAAAUCCUGGUAUUUCAUCAGUAUCUAUAUAAGAAAAAGGGAUCAUGCAAGGUUCUAAACUAGGUAUGUUAAAGGGGUGCCAUAUUUUGUCAAAAGAAGGUAGACGAAUAGAGCUGGGUACCUUUUCUGUCAAAAUGGUAUCGUAAAAUUCCGAAAAUAAGCCCCUCCAGGUAUAAGCCCCUCACAAUCGUAACACAAAAAACCCGCCAUUAAAUCGCCCCUCCGAAUAUAAGCCCCCCAGGGGGCUUGUACUUAGAAUUUGCUCUCAAAUACAAAGUAAAACAAAGCAUUAAAAGUGGUAAAUUUCCUUUCCACUACAAGCUAGCCCAACCGAUUUUAUAACGCAAAUUUCCCUCAUAAGCCCUUCCAAAUAUAAUAAGGCCCCUCAAAAAGGGCCUUUGAAAAAUGUAAGCCCCGGGGCUUUUUUUUGGAAUUUUGCGGUAUUUCAAGGCGUUAGGGGUUGGACCUCAGGGCGGAGCCUCUCUGUAUAGAACUUUGUUGAGUACCCCCUCCCCCGAGGGCAGGGCAUGGUGUUGUUGUUGCAUGGCUUCAAAAUAAUAUCUCAUAUUUUGAUGUCAUCUUUACCAUCUUUUUAUUAUUUUUAGGAUUUUAUGUCAUUUGAAUUAAACACACACAAUUAGUUGAAUGGUGUGAAGCUAUUAAAGGAGAAGGUAGUUUAGCUGAGUUUAUUAAAUUGACAUUGUAAGUGUUAAAGAUUUCUUGCAUCACUAGAGUAUUAUGACAUUACCUCACAUUUGAUUUAGAUGCAUUCAUUAAUGUACUAUUGAUUACAGUACACAGUCAGUAGAAUGGUACAGGCCAGAAACUGUUAACAUUCCAAACAUUUCUAUUGCCUUGAUCACUAUUUGUUUGAACCUCAUGCUAUGGUACAGUCAAACCUUUGCUAGUAAUAAAUAUUGGCCUCUCCUCUAAACAUAUAUGGAGACUUAGUCAUAGCCCCAGUCACUAAUAUUAAAGUUAAGAAAUGGUAAACGUGCAGCGUGCAACCGUGGAGUUAUGGAUGCACGUGGGAGGUUGCUAAGCACGAAAGAAGCGUUAGAGUCGCCUCGUGCGACUCUAGCUUCUUGAGUGCUUUGCAAACCUCCCAAGUGCAUCCAUAACUCCAUGGUUGCACAGCUGCAACGUUUACCAUUUCUUUUAUAAAAUAAUCAAAAGAGAAAAACAUUAUUUUCCAUUUGCCUUCGGUUGAGUCAUCAGUCCGAGUUCAUGUAUGCUGCCAUCUGCCCGCGCGUAAACAAAUCAUGUUCUAUGUUUUUCAAAAACUUGCCUUUGAGUUUUUCUUUCGCUGAAUCAACCGUUCUCCGUCUUCAGGUAAAUUGCAAAACGUUUUUUGUUGUUAUUGUGAAUGGCAUCUAGCUGUCUACUUGCUCUUAACAUUAGGGUAAAAACUUUGAGGGAAAACUAUAAACACCAACUAAAAAAACUCUAAAAAAUAAGCUAAAACUAAAUAAAUGAAAUAAUUAUCAAGCUUAUUUAUGUGACAAUUUUUGACAUAAACGUAAAGUAGAAAUCAGAAAAUUUGACUGUAAUUCCUUUAGAAUCAGAACAGGUAACACUAGUUUUAAAAAGAAAUUAACUAGCUUUGUAUUGAAAUCUGUCUGGGGAAAUCCAGCUAUGAAAGUCAAACUUGCAACUGAAAUUUGCCGACACACAGCCGGCGAUGAAGCGGUUGUGUUUCGACCAUUCUCUGAACAACUGUUACAUGUAUGAAUGAACACUGAGGAACAAAAUAAUACACGCAGAAGUUAUUUUUUGAAAAAUUUAUUUGAAAAACCCAAAUGGUUUGUACUCAAAUGAAAUUCGCUUAUUCCAGCGCAAUGUGUCUGUUAGACUCAACUAAAAUUUUUAAUUGAUGUGAUGAAAACUUCACAACAAAGCAGUCUCAAAUUUGAGCGUGUUUCCUAAUAUUUGCUUGAAUUUAGCAUCAGCUUGACCAAAAAGUCAAUAACACAAUGCUAAUUGAUAAAUUUAUGUUUCAAACAGACUUUCUCUUCUAUAAAAAAACACACAAAAUGUAUACCUUAAAUCUUCGCUCACUCGAUUUUCCUUCAGCCAAUUCUAGACGCGAGGAAAACAGUGAUUAAUUCAUCCAGUGCAGGGCAAAUUUGUUGCUUGAUCUUUUGUCCUUCAAAACGACAGCUUAGUAUUUUCUUCAACUUCCACUUUUCAUCUGUGCAUUUCAUCGGUGUAUUUUACCGUUAGGAGUGGGGAUUUGUUGAAUUUGCCUAAAUUUUACCGCGCUAGCUCAGUUUCUUGGCGUGCACCCACGGGGAACUGGUAGUGGCUAACUGACCAAUCAGAGCGCGCGAUUUACUUUUGUUAUGUUAUAAACUGUAUUUUUGGUCGGAAAUCUCUCAUAAAUUGCUUGGUCACUGCAGACACUUACAAACACUGCAUAUUGACCUUGUGAGAUGGACCCCUUUCCAUAGCAAGUCCAGAACUAGUUGUGGACUAAGCUAAAAGGAAGUUAAAAACACUGUUUGCAAUUAUUUUGACCUUUGUGAAGUGGAUGGACACCUCUUCUAAAAGUGGACACUAACUGGUCAUGGACUACAAUUACUCUGCAUUUGACCUUUGUCCCUAAAAGAGGCAAACAUCUGGAUCUUUAAUUACUUGUAGGUGGACACAUCUCCUGGUCACUGUACAGUGGUGUCCACUAAUAUAAUAAGAGGUUUGACCCUUAAAAAAUAUAUAAUAAUAAAGCUGUGACAUAGACUGAGGUAAUUUAUCAAUAAAAACAGUUGUUGGAGUCAUUUAAUGUGGUGAUCUUAUUAUAAAAUUAAAUUUACACUCUUUAGGGAAAUCUUUAACUGAGACUCAAUGGCGCAGCAUCAAGACCUUAAAAGAAAAGGAGGUGCUGAUCCUGAUCAUCAGAUGUCAAGAAAUCAUGCCCCUCCUCCUCUGAGUAUUGAAGUGCCUAAAAUGAGAGAUCUUCCAAACAAGUCAAACCCUUGGAGUGAUGUCCAGCUUCCUGUAGACAUUCUUUUGUUGACAGUAGAAGACUGCGAGUUUUUAGCUUGUUAUUAUUUCUUGGAAAAUUCUUUUAAAAGUUAUGACCAGACCCUGGGACACGUGUACUUUGGGACCAUGGGUGAAAGCGGAGAAGCUAGAGCACUGAAAGUUGCUUUGAUGAGAUGUGAUCAAGGUUCUUCUGGUCCAGGUGGCUCUCAAAUUGUUAUUAAAAAUGCAGUGAUGCAACUGAGACCCAAGGCUGCUUUUUUGGUUGGCAGAUGCAAGGGUUUAAAUCCAGAUGAAACCAAGCUAGGAGAUGUAGUGGUAUCUGCUAAACUUUCAACUGAACAAUUUACAACUCCAGUAAAAAGAAAUAUUAGCAAACUUAAGUUGUUUUCAGCUGAUGGCUGGAAUCCACCAUUAAAAGAUCCAGUAGGAAGAGAAACAGUCCAGGUACACCGUGACAGUGACAUAUUCAGUGGUAGUCAAUUCAUCACUAAACAACGCCGUAUGUCUCAAUCUCGCGUGAUUGCAGUUGAAAGGGAAGGGGAAGGUAAGAUUAUAUUAUAUGCAUGUAAUAAUACUAUUAUAACAAUUUGUAGCAUUUGGUUUGAAGUUUAGAACUCUAAAUUGUCCUUUUCGGCAACUGUUUCUGACCAUGCAUCCACAGCACCUAAUUAAUUACUGACAGCCAUGACAUUCCGUUUGACCGUAGUGAGCAUGGGACCUUAAUGGUGUGUGACCAGGUUAUUCUAGGGAUGUAGUUUACAGUUUAAUAUUGAUUAUUGUGCAGGGAACAUAAAUUAUUAAGACUAUUAAGCUUACAAGAUGAUUAAUUUCAGUCACGACACUGUAGAAAAAAAUUCUGAGCUAAUUAGCUGUGCUGGAUUCUUGUUCACAGUGGAUUGAUUAUAGGAUCAUUUUCAUAUUGUAAUUGGUCUGUUUUUUCUGGACAGUUUUAGCUCUGCUAGGUUCUUGUUCACAGUGGAUUAAAAAAGGAUCAUUAUUUUUCAUAAUUAUGGUCUGUUUUUUCUUUCCACUUAUAAUUACAGGCCUGUUUGCUGCAGCCCAUGAUAUGAACAUUGAAUGGGUGAUUGUUAAAGGGAUAUCACAUUUUUCUGAUGAUAGCAACACUUCUGAUGAGUCCUGGAAGUCAUUUGCUUCCAUCAUGGCAGCUUCUCUUGUGUCCAACAUGUUAAAUGAUCCUGUUGUUUUUAAAGAAUGGCGGCACUAUGAAGGUAUGUCACAUCCCUGAUCUCGUGAUUGAUUAUUAAUAAGGAUGAAUUUUCUGUUCAGAUAUUUUUUGUGUUAACUGUUUCAAUAUUAUCCUUGGUUCAAUUAUUUUUCUCCCUGUUUCAAACUCAUGAUCAAAUCAUAUAGCCUGAAUUUCAUCUGAUUGCUUCGAGUGGUUUUCUUCUCUCGGCAACGUCUGAAUCGACCUGCCGUUAAUGGCGUCCAGUGACGUCACUACUACCCGAAAACCCGGGGUAGUGAUUUUGAUUCAGAUUGAUUAUCUAAACAUUCUCAUAAUUAUGUAUAAUUAUGAGAAAUUUUAGUGGGAUAUUGUUACUUAGGAUAUUCAACAGAUCGCAUUCAGGUAGCAUGCUCGCAUGGAGUUCAAACAUUUCGAUAAUCUUUAUUGUAAACAGCAAAAUUGCCCUUCAGUCUUCGAAACUGAAUUGCUAAAUUAAACUGCGAAUGAAGAAUCAUCGCGGAGAGUCCAGGGGCGGAUCCAGGAUUUUUUUUAGGAGGGGGUGCACUCGUCUCUUGUUCUACUUCAACACCAAUAAACCACAUAUUUUUUUGUCUUUUUUUGCGGAAUACCAGUUUUAUUAGAAAACCGCAGGUCAUCUCGGGGGGGUGCGCACCCCCUGCACCCUCCCCCUAGAUCGGCCCCUGGAGUCAGUAGGUUUAUCAUUUAGAGCCACUUUGUGGUUUCUGCAGUUAUUUUGUUUUAAAUGCAAAGUUUCUGAGACCAAUGUCAUGUUGUAAUUCGACCUUCUUGCUAUUUUCACCGUCGAGUGUAAUGAUUCUGUUACCCUUUCUUUCUUGUUUUCUUUUUUCUUCAAUAAGGUCCAAAUAGCUUCUUUUCAAAUUAAAGGAAAUCGUUGUGUUUUUGAACUAAUUUUUCCAUGUGUGUUUAUUUGUUUCAAUGAUUGCGUGAUUGCAACCGAGUUUCAAUUACAACGGUUCAGAGUACUGCAUGCAUGCAGUUGAUAGUUUGAAUGUUAAACAUAAAUUAUGAUCGAAAAGAGUAAGCAAUAAUCUGUCAGCUGUUCUGUGUCAUGUAGACAAUUUUCCAAUCAAUAUUUCUUGGUUUGCCACUUGAAAAUCGUGUUUUACUUUUUGCAUGAAUUAAAGCAAAGGAGUAGCAAUGUCUCUGGGCGGCAUUAACAGCUGGUCGAUUUAGACGUUACUGAGGGAGUAAUAAUGACUCGAAGUAAUUGGAUGAAAUUCAGGCUACAUACCAACAAAAGCCAAAAGAAAACUUUGUUUUUAGGUUUUUCAAAUUUAUAAUACUUUUCUUCCUUCCAGAUUUGACAGCAAAGAAUCAGCCAGAGACAACCACAAAGCCAGACAAACAGAUACCAGGUACUAUCCUGUCAAUGAAAUUACACUAUAAUAUCCAGGAGUUUUUCCAGAUUAAAUGAUUGAACACUGGUUUCAGUAGAAAUAACAGUAAUCUUCCGAUAUACUGGUAAUUGUUUGUUACAUCACAUAUCUAGAGCACAGUUGUCUGUUAUUAUUGUGAGAUAUGUCUUUGCCAAAAGAGCAGUCUAUAUUUUUGCCUGGUGUUUUAUAACCCCUUUUUCUUUCGCGCAAAUUUUGCUGAAAAAUGCUGUUGGAAGCUCUUUUUUAAUCCUUUUUCUGGUCACUACUUGUGCAAAAAGGUUGGCCAAAAUUUUCUAAAAUGCGGUAAGUCCAACACUACUCUGCUUUUUGUUCCUUAUGCUAAAAUAAAAUUAAUAUAAGUGUUGUUUUGAAAAGUGACACAGCCACCUCAACUUUGAAUGCUGUUGCUUUCUCUCCUCCCUACUUCUAUCACUUUCCCUGCCGCAUUUUGGCCUUAUCUUGGGGAUUUACUGGGGUUCUUUUUGGUGAGACAUGUUUUCUCAGUCUCUCCCCACCCACCCACCCACUCACCCACCUAUGCUACCUCAACAAAAUAAAAACCUAUGACCUGCUCACCAUAUGAGUCACUCAUAGCUCAGUGGUUAGAGCAUCCUACCGGUAUCUGGAAGGUUGUGGGUUUGAUUUCUGUUAAGGUUUUGGAUUUUUUUUUUCUGAGCACUGGUAUUAAUACCAGAGUUACACAAAAUUAUUUACCCUGUUUAUUUGUACUUGUAAAACUGCUAACAAGUUGUUUUGACCUUGGACUUUUUACUCCUUCAUCUUCACGUAUGUUUCCCCACGGACGAGGUACCGUAAAAGUCCGAAAGUAAGCCCCCAUGCUUAUAUUUUUCAAAGGCCCUUUUUGAGGGGCUUAUUUUUGGACAGGCUUAUAUUCGGAGGGGCUUAUCUAGGGAGGGAAAUUUGUGUUUCAAAAUAGAUUAGGUUUAGCCUUAUGGUUGGAAGGAAAUUUACUGUUUUUGCUUUGUUGUAUUUGAGGGCAAUUUCCAUGUACAAGCCUGGGGGGGGGAGGGCUUAUAUUUGGAGGGGCGAUUUAACGGAGGGUUUUUUGCGUUACGACUUUAGGGGGCUUAUAUUUGGAGGGGCUUAUACAUGGAGGGGCUUAUUUUCGGAAUUUUAUGGUAUUUUCGACGCUUGUGAUGAGCUUGCGCAUGUACAUCACACAAGCUCUGCGUGACAACAAUCUCAUCACCACAGCUUUCAAAUCAGAUUGUGGCUGCGCAAAAAUCGCUGUGCAAUAGUGUGGAGUGCAUGUGGAAACUCAACCUAAAGAAUAGUAGGGAGGAAUACUAGUAAAAGAAAAAUAUGUAUUAUUUCUAAAUAAUUUUAGUCAUUUUGCUAAUUCGUCAUUUUGUCAAUUUUCCAUUUCCUCAUUUGGCAUUUUGUAUUUUAAACAUGCCCUUCCCGAUUAAAUGAUUGAUGAACACUGGUUUCAGUAGAAAUAACACUAAUCUUUCAAAUUCUAGAGUUUUCUCUUAUUAUUGUGAGAUAUGUCUUUGCCAAGAGAGUAGUCUAUUUUUGCCUGGUGUUUUAUAACCCCUUUUUCUUUUGCUGUAAAAUGCUGUUGGGAGCUCAUUUUUUUAUCCAUUUUCUGAUCCCUAUCUGGCCAAAAAGAUCAGCCAAAUUUUCCAAAAUGCUGCAAGUCCAACACUAUACACUGCCCUUUGUUCCUUAAGUAAAAUAAAAUUAAUAUAAGUGUUGUUUUGAAAAGUGACACAGCCCCCUGAACUUUUGCCUGCUGCUUUCUCUCCUCUCUAUAUACUUCUAUCACUUUCCAUGCCCCAUUUUUUGCCUUAUCAUAGGGAUUUACCAAGGUUUCUUUUUGGUGAGACAUGUUCUUGGGAAAACAUUUAGCAUCAUGUCAAAUAUUUUGAAGGAAGAGCAGAUGGGAAAUGAAACUUCUUGAAAACAUUCUUGUCUUUGUUUCAGCUGUGUUUGAAUUAUUUCAAUAAUUUAGGAACUGUCUAAGGAAAUCCACAAAAUUGAAAAUGAUGUUGUGGUAUUAAUUAUUUAGUCUCAGUCUAUCCACCCACCCACCCACCCACCUAUGCUACCUCAACAAAAUAAAAACCUAUGACCUGCUCACCAUAUGAGUCACCCAUAGCUCAGUGGUUAGAGCAACCUACCGGUAUCUGGAAGGUUGUGGGCUGAUUCUUGUUAAGGUUUUGGAUUUUUUAUCCUGUGCAUUUCUUUGUUGUACCUAAUAUUUAUUUUUGGCAAUCAUUCAUCCACCUCAGCUGUUUUCUCUUAUUGAUUUUUGUAAGUUAACUGUCUGCCCCUCCUGGUAAGGGUUGCUAAUCAACUCAAUCAACUACUAUAAAUUAUUGAAAAAAACUUCUUGGAAUUGACAAAACAUCUUUGUUAACAGAUGCUGUAUGCCUUGAGGAGUGCCAGAAACAACUGCGAUCACUUUAUGAAACCAGUAGCAAAGUCAAAGUCAUUCCAUGGGACCAGAAUUCUGCUGUUGAUAUUGAUGAGAUCUACACAGACUUGUCUUGGGUCAAGGAUCACAGGACACCCAGUGGAGUAACACAAGAAAAACUUAACCACUACACUGAGAUUUUUGGCAGUAAAGGCCCUCGUCCUGCACGAAAGCGAAUUUGGGUUUAUGGACAGCCAGGUAAGUGAGUGAAUUGAGUAAUUAAGAAUUGUUUUAAUUUAAAAGGAGAAUAACUAUUCUCUGCCCUUGCCCGCCUUUAUUACUUUCUGGGUCCAACCAAAACUGCCAUGCUACGCAGGCUAGCAAAAAACAAGAACACAGGAACCCAUUGUUCUACUGGUAUAAUUAAUCCAGUGAUAUAUCAGCUGGCGAUGUGCAGGUUUCUCGAGUUUUUGCUGACAUUAUGUACAUUCCAAGUGGGGUAAUUUUUUACCAUGCUGUCAAACCCAAUGAAAAGUUUGGUUUGUUGCUAUUGUAAAUAAAUUAAAAGUUAAAACAAAGUUUUUCUGUUAACCAGUCUGAUAAUAAACAAUGUAUUUAAUUGACUUUAGAGCAAUCAGAACAUACACUGUAGACUUUAGUUAAUGUUGUGAUAAUGGUAAUAAUAUUGUGACUUAAUUAAUCUGAAAUUCAAGUUUAUUAAUUGUAUGCUAAAAGGAUAAACUAAAAAAAAAUCUUCCGAGGAUAAAAUUGUACCACAACCUUCACAAUAGACUAAUGGUCACUGGCAGUUUGGCUCAGUUCGUUGAAAGCCAUAGUACAAACCUGGGAAUAAAUUUUAACUUGGGUUUCUUUUUCUUUUUAACAAAAGCAUUUUCUUGGAUAAUUUUCUCUAUUUUUUUAGAGUAUCUAAUCAUCAAAUUGUAGACAAAAAGGAUUAAACUGACUUUGCUUUUCAAGCUUAAUUCAUCUCUGAAUUCAAGUUUCACACUAACUCUGGGUUAUCUUAACCUAGCUUUGAACAACCUGACCCUAAUAAUAAUAAUAAUAAUAAUAAUAAUAAUAAUAACAACAACAACAACAACAACAAAUAAUAAUAAUAAUAAUAAUAAUAAUAAUAAUAACUUUAUUUUAGUGUCAAUGUAUUAAGCUUAACAGUUAGCUAAUUGGGAACACUUUCCUAAGUGCUGGCACUCAUCUACCACAUGAUUUUUAAAAAUAGUCUGUGUAUGAAGGUUUCAGUUCCAUUGUCUUUAUCAUGAAUUAUUUUGAAUAUGUAAAUGAGAUACCAUUAUCGAUGAAACUUUUGUCUUUAAUCAAAGCUAAGAAUUCCAAAAUGCCUCCUUCGAGGCAGGAAGCGAAACUUCUUUUUGGCAUAACUUAAGAGGCAAAUGCCACCCAUAUGUUAGCUUAUGUUGUUCACUCUGCAUUGGUUUAAAAAGUUUAAACAUAAAUAUUCCGUAAAAAAUAAAAUAAAAUAAAAUAAAAUAAAUAAAUUAUCCUAAAUUUUUAUGACAAUUAUAAAUUCACAUUUCAAUAUUUUGCAUUCGACUUCACGUGACUUCACAUGAUAAAAGUAAACCAAUGUUUUGAAGACGUAUUAACAGUUUGUUGUUAUUGUCACCUAGGAAUCGGCAAGACUGUUUUCACGAAGAAAGCAACUUUUGACUGGUCCCAGCAGAGAUAUUCAGAAACAUUAGGAGCAUUUGAUCUUGUCCUUCUGGUGAGAUUACGUGACGUUAGUAAUCUCCAAGAUGUUCCGUCCAUUUUGAGGGCUUCUGAAGUGCUGGAUAGUAAUGGUGCAAUUUCCGCACACAACCUGUAUGAUUACAUUUGUCGCCAUCAAGAAAAAGUCUUGCUUAUCUUGGACGGCUACGAUGAAUAUGUUUACAGUUCAAAAAACGAGUCGCCUGUCUUCAAAAUCUGGAAAAAAAGUCAAUUAAGAGGUUGUUCUGUUGUAAUUACCUCACGGGAAAUGAAAGCUGAGACGUUGAGAAAGUAUAGUGAUGCUCAAUUCAAAAUUGACGGCUUUAAUUAUCAGCGCCAAAAAGAGUUUGCUCGUAGAUUUUUGAAAGAUGAUGAAGAUGUUGAAGAGUUUUUUGAAUACUUAGAGGAUCACGACCUAAGCGACCUAGCACAAAUUCCCCUUCUUUUAUUAAUACUAUGCUUGCUUUGGACGAAAACAACACGCGAAGCACUACCAAAGGAACGCGCACACAUCUUCGCCCAAUUUGUCAAGACUUUGUUUGAUCAUUUGCGUCAAAAACAGUCUUCUGAAUCAGUGGUUGUUAAAGAUUACUCAGAUGAAUUAUACGCAUUAGGACGCUUGGCCUUUGAAGCCCUUUUGCAAGGCCAGCUUUAUUUCCCUGUUAGUCAGUUACCUGCUGGCUACAGUUUGAUCGAGAGGCUGAUUGAAGUCGGCCUUUUUCAGGUUUUAAAUAUGGCGACUUUGAAUCCUGAAAAAGGCGUGUACUUUAUUCACAAAUCCGUCCAAGAAUACCUGGCUGGGAAUUUCCUAAAAGAAGACCUGACAUCUAAAAAGGCUGAAGGCACCAAUUCCCUGUCAAACGUGGACUCAGUUGAAAAGAUCUUUAAAAUAAAUGAAGCGCUCAAAUUUGCUGGUGAGUUGUCAGAAGAAGCCGCGCGCGACAUUCUGAUUCAACUUGGAAUGGCGGCGAAGAAAGAAGAACUGACAGAGUUUAAAUUCGACAACGAAACACCGUCAGAGAAUGACUUGUCAGAAGAACAAAGAAAUUUUAUUAGUCUUUGUAAUGAGUUAUUUUUCUACUGCUCAGCUGAGACAAGAAAAAACCUCUUUCCUACAUUUCUUUCCUCUUUAGGAGGAGUUCUUGUAAUUAAUGAUAAGCAGCUAAAUGUUAUCGUACAGGAAAAAUCAGUUCAAACUACCGAAAAAACACCCAACUACGUUUUUUUUAAUACAUACAAUACAAAGGAGCAGGACUAUAGUAAUUUAAUCAUUUUAACACAACAAUUAAACGUAGUUAUUGUUAGCUCUGCAGGAGAAAAGAAAGCAUCAGAAAUUUUAAGCAACUUAACAUGGCGUCAGAUUGAUGAAUUUUUUUUAAAGAAAGAAGAAACCAACACUCACCUUUAUUUAGCUAAAAUUGUUAAAGGUGAAUGGAAAGGCAUUCCUUUUCCUUGUGAUAUAAUAAAGGCGCUAAUAAGUAAACAAGAGACAACAAAGAAGACAAACAUGAAUGGUGAUGAGUCAAGUGAAGAGAGCAGCAGCAGCUGUUGUUCAAAGCGUCAUGGUCUCUCCAGGGUUCGGAGGAUUGAAGCUGAGUGGGUGAACAGGUCAGAAAUGGAACUGAUGAGUGAGAUGAUGCCGUUUAUCACCGCUCCACACGAGAUAGGGGUUGAGGGUGAACACGGUGAAGUGUUUGAUGCUGAGGUAACAGAGUCUCUGCUGACGAGCAUCCAAGUAACACACAAACUGAAGAAAUUAUUACUCUGUGAUAUCAAUGUAACAUCAUCACCUGCUGUGGAGUUUAUCAACAAUGUAUUUGAAAAAGCACCAAACUUGGAGGAGCUCGACAUGUCAGGCAAUCCUCUUCUGGGUGCAGGAGUAGACAGCUUGAUUCAACAUCUCAGCUGCGCUCCUCACCUGAAGUCACUGUGGCUUGGAGAUGUGAAGAUGACUCCACAGCAGGUGAUGGAUCUGUCAUCAGCCAUCAAGCAGCACGGAAACAUCACUGAACUGGUGUCAGAAUACCACGUAAGUUUUCGAAUUUGAUCGCAAUUUGUUUCUUUAUUCUUUGUUUACAGUUUAUUUCUACUCAGCUCUUGCCUUUCGCCAUUUUCCUUUCUUUGUCAUUUUUAUACUCGACAAAACACAAGAUUUACUGUUGAAAACAAAUCACAAACUUUAGCAGAUUCAAAGUAUCAUUUCAAAUUCAUUUCUUUCAAUUGAUUAAACUAAAUCGAAAAAAAAUGUUUUAACCGAGAACAAGUAAAUUAAUCUGAAGGUGUUUUCACUGUGCAAAAUAAUGGAUCAGCGAGCAGAUAUGAAAUUUCUCUUCAAGUCUGGUUCAACUCGAUAUGAGCUCACUUAACAAACUUGUGAUAUAUGUAUUAACACAAAAAUUCCAUAGUAUUAAUUUCUCAAUCAAUUUUAAUUCAUUGCUUUUCAUAAAAUGAUGAAUAACAAGCAUAAAAUCAAAAAAUGUUCUGUUCAUGUUCGACAAUUCAAACAAACAAAAUUUGCAAAAAUCAAGAGAAAAAAAGUUAACCACUUACAGUUUCACUUUUAUCGCUAAGGUUUUCGUAAAAUCAACAAAACUCAAGUAAAGUUUCUUUGAGAGUCCAGAAAACGAAGAAGUCUUUUUAGAGCUGUCCUUUUGUUUGAAUGUCCCUUGCGUUUCGGUAAAUGCUUGUCCUCCCGUAAAUAAUCUCACAGUAGCGUAGGUUUUUGAGAUAGCGUUCCACAAAAAAUAUAAUUCUUCUGAGACACUUGGUUGAAAUUUAACACCACACAUUUACUCACAGGUAAAAGCACUCCUCUAUGGUACAAGCUGUGUAUUUUUGUCAGUUACUUGUUUUCAAGUUUUACGACGAACACAACAAAUCCUGCGUCACUUCGCGUCUUGUAUGAAUGAGUUGAAGUUCAUAAAUUUAGUUUCCUUUAGCUUGCACAAAUCCUUUGUCAAAUUCCUGAGUACAUGAGACGAAUUUUCCUCUUAACUGGCGUUUUACGGUAUUUUCUCAUUCUUUUUGUGUCCAUCUUGAGUAUUUUUGCGUUGAAAGUUUUCUUUGAUGAGCAAACUCAACUGAAGUGAAAAACAAACUACAAAAUCAACAAACUGUCAUUCAAAGUGGCGUGAGAGAAGGCUUGUGACGUGGCGACAGCUGAUUGGUUAUAUAACUACCCACGUAGUAGAAUUUUCCCGCCUUUUGUUUGGCAGCGCAGCAAGCGUUUCUUCAGACGAGACGCAGAUGCGCCUCCCCUCCCAACCCCCACUAAGGAAAAACUGAUCUGUGAGAAUUUUAUCAGACCAAGAGUUAAUAGAAGAAAGGGCUCCAAGGUUUCAAUAAUUCGCACAUUUUUAGAGUAUAUUAUUUGAUUUUGCUGUUUUGAAAGUCUUGCAUGCAAAUUUUAGGGGUUGAAAAGUAGAAUGUGGUCUUUAAGCUGCGAGCACCUUUAGAUGUGCGUCCAAGAAGUCAGAUGUAUUUUUUGUUGGUUUUGUCGUUUUACCCUCUUUUUCGUAUUUUUAACUCCUUUUUUCAACAGAACUUUAGUUCGUGAGGCCUUUGCUUUUUCUGUAUGUAGGUAAUUUCUAAUCACUAUUAAAGGGCACAAAAAUUCGGAAAUUUGGGGUUGACAAGGAAAAAUUAGGAACUUCUCGCGCAGCAACCUAAAGGCUGGUUUACACUAACGACGGAGUCGGAGUUGGAGUCGUAAGAUCGCUUAUGACCUAGUGAAAAUCAAAAAUCGGAGUCAUAAGCGGAGUAACCUGAGAUCAGGCUCUGUUUUCGUUUCGCUUUGAAAAUUACAAUCGUGCGGGCAAGGCGAUUUUUUUAGCGGUAGCCGUUAGAGAGAAUGCAUGGGCGCGAUCCAUUCAACCAAAAUUCCAACCGGUCCGACCGGGAAAAGUGGUCCACCUCAAAAGGUGGACCCAUUUUUUCGAAACUUUUCCGGUUGGACCGAACCGAUCCAUUGAGUUUUGGACCGAAAUUUCCGAAAAUUUUGGUUGAAUGGAUCGCGCCCCAUGAGAACCGCUAAAAUUGGGCCUGAUCUCAGGUUAUAAGAGGCGUGAUAAGCGCGCCGGAAUCGGAGUCAGAAGAAUUAGAACGUUUCCAUUUCUUCCGACUCCGCUUACACGUUCCGCUUAUGAUUUAGUGAAAACCAGGUUGUCAGAAUCGGAAGCAGAAGCAGAAGGAUAAACCAAUCCCGAUGCACGUUCUCACGCUUUGUGAUUUGUUUGGUUCUUCCGCUUCUGCCGACUCUGACAAUCUGGUUUUCCACUAGAUCAUAAGCGGAACUUGAGCGGAAUCGAACGCUGUUUUUACUAGAUCAUAAGGUCUACGCUUUUGAUUACGACUCCGACUCUGUCGCUAGUGAAAGGAAGCAAUAAUUUUGAGACACUCACUAGAACGUUUUUUAGCGCAGCGGUACGCGCAAGACCAUUCAGGACGAAAUUACUGUUUAGGGCAUGUGGAUUUUAAGGCUUCGGAGCAGAUUGCGAAAUGAGUAAAAUCUCUUGUUUAGUCCUAAAUAUAACUAAAUUAAAGAAGAAAAACGUCUUUGUCGCAAGCAGAAAUUUCUAUAGUACUUCUUUGACUAUGUGUUUUAGAAAUGACCUCUUUUCGGGGUGGAAUCAUCUUGAGCUUUACUCAGGUUGGUCUUAAAGUCCCAAGAGUGAUCAACAUCAAUUUUCUCCUAACAAUACCAAAACAUUAUCAAAAGAGAAGGUUAGGAGAAGUAAUAAACUGAUGAACAAAGGAGAAGUACUUUGAUCUUUUAUCAAGUUCUCUCAACUAAUUCUAUAAGGCAAUGUAUGGACACUAGUGUGGAGAAUUUGUAUUUUUAUAUCGGGGCUUAAAGGGUUAAGAGUAAAAUUCUAGUUGUCCGAUGAGCAUUCACGUCCCCCAUCCCAUAGUAGUUAACCCCUGGAGUUAUUUUUACCCUUUCAUUGCUUAUCACUUAAAGAAAGGUUUUAAAAUCUAGACUACACUUUCGAUCUUUUAAACGUUGCUUUAAAAGUUGGAUGGUGCUAGUGUUAUCUUGUAAUUUGUUGUAGGAUGUUCGGGGGAGCGGCCACCCCAAGCCUGAACAUGAAUGGCCAUCAGAAGAAGAUUGGGAAAAGGAUUACCCCAGUCUCUUUUCUAACUCAUCAAAUGAAUCACAGCCGCAAAAGCAACAGGUUGGUCAUCAAAUUUGGCAAAAGAAAAUAGAGUAUUAUAUUUCUUGAGUUCUGUUAUUUCUUGGGGAAAAAACCUGAAAAAAAAAACAUUCCGUUUAAAAACGUAUGGUUUUCUUCAGCUUUUGAGGAGUUCACUUAUUAUAAACUGAAACUGACGGAACAGGAAAUGGGUUUUAUAUCAUAGUAUUUUCAGGCUUUAGUUUUUUUUCCUAGGCGCGAUUUCAUAAAAACUGAGUCAAAUCAAAACGGUGCAGUUGAAUAUAAGUCUUACUAACAAUAACAAGUUAUUUCUGUGGUCUUAGGCUCUUAGCUCACUUCAUCUAAGAAGUGAGCUAAGUCAUACCGAAACCCAUGGUUCUCUUACAACGAUGGCUUUUAGUUGUGGAAGUUACUCUCCGAACAAUAUUGCAACGGACUGCAAUCCGUUUCGGAAAUACCUCUGGUUUUGGAAACGACCUGAAGUUUCCUUCAUACGUUUUUUACCGUUCGGGAAGUCGAUUUAAUCGUGCACUUUGAAAAAACUUGCUGAUUUUCGUACGUGAAGUUUAUACAAGCCGGGAGAAAAUGUGGAUCUUUGAAAUGUUUAUUGACUUGCAAAUUUCACCGCUACGCUGUAGUAGAGCAUUUUACGCAUUUUAGACAAACAUGGAGCUUGAGGCUUGGAUCAAACCAGUCAAUAGUAGACUGAGGUUCUGUCUUUGUAUAGUCUUGUUUUCAUUUCUGACAGAAGAGUUUUUAUAGCUCAAUCAUCUUAUUUUCUCAUCAACUCCUAUCCUGUUUCAGGCGUUUAGAUAGUGGAAAGUGCCACUCUCCACUAUCUGAAAGCCUGGAACAGGCUCUGAUCAACUCUUGUUUUCUUUUACCACUCGCACAGAUUCCUGCAGAGACUCCCCUCAGUAUUCACGACUCACCAUUCCCCGCUGACGAUCAAGACACCGUGAGAAGAACAUUUUUAGCGCCUCCUGAUCCUACCGGUAAGGUUUCUUGUCCCCCGCCCCCCCCCCCCAGUUCCCUGCCUUCCCAAUCACAGAUGUAACAAAACCUAUUGGCGAUUAACGCCCUGACCACUAAUAAGAAGUUGUGCAUAACUUCGUUGCGCUCAAAAGUCAGUUUUGGUUUGUGAUAUUGCCUUCUUUUUAAUAAUUGCGGUGUAGACGUGCGACAAGUUGCUGUUGUCACAUUCUGUCCGUAAUUUUGAUGAAAGAAAUCGGACGUCAAGGACUAUGUUUAUUCAUUAGUUUGUUUAUAGACCAAAAAGGUUCUCUACGCAGCACUACCCGGCAUAAGCAUUUAACGCACCUGGCCUUGCUGCCAUAUACAGAAACGAAAAGUAUGUUAGAACAGUCACUGAGGAAGUUUAAAAGGAAAAGAUCCUGUUCCAAUGUAGACAUUUUCCGGUGUUACCUAAAGGGAGCGAUGUUUGCACUUAUGAUUAUUUAAACUUACGCAGUAAAAUGAGGGGGCAUAACCUUAAGAAAGGAUAAAUAUUCUAGAAGUCUAUUAGUCUGAAAUCGAUGGUUUCCUUUAUACAUUACGUUACGUGGGAUCCUUAUUUCUUCCUUUAGCUGAUCCAAUGUUAGCAGGGCCGUCCAUUCCUACUCGUGGGAUGCUAAUUUCUACCUUCUUUUCCCUUAACAGUUGAACCGAUGUUAACAGCGGCAUCUAUUCCUACAGCGCAUGGAUCCAGCCACGGUCUGGUACCUCAAGCUCAGUAUUCAGAGCAUUUUUCCUUACCAGAUAUCCACACCCAUCAUCACAGUGCCCCGUCCACCAUCUUUACACCUGGAGAAUCCUUGUCUACCGAUCCGUAUCUCAUCAGUGCUCCUGGCCCUUCUACAGUCACACAGGAAGAGCCCAUUGAUGAGGUAAUGAUGCCGGACAAGAGCGAUGGGCCGGAUUCAUAUAGCUGUUCUUGUAUAUUAGUUUGAAACAGUGUUAAGGGUUAUUGAGAAUGAUUUUAUGGAUACACCUAAUUGCAAUAAGGUUUUCAUAGAAAAAAGCAAAAAGCAAAAAGUUAAAUAGGAAUUAAUUAGCAUGUAAUUAUCAUAGCUUGCAACAUUCACAACACACAUCACGUAAUAUGAGAGAAAUCAUUUGCAUCAGUUUCAUGGUGUCAAUGCAAUUCGAGGCUGAUUCAAACGUGCUCGAAUUACAAAGCACAUCGGAUAAUAUAACUACUAAAGAAAAAAGGGGUCCAUUUUUUUUUUUAAAUAAAUAUAGCCGGGGGUAAAUUCCAGGAACUCAACGCGUGUUUUAGAUUAGUGCUAAAUAGAAAAGCCAGUCUGAGUAUGGUUUGCAGUGCACAACACCAUCUGAUCACAAUUUUCAAGCAACAAAUCAGGGGCCUAGGCAGGAAUCUUCAUCGCGGAGAGGGUGAGGGGGUCCUCCACCAGUUCCCCACCUGAGCCACAAACCAAGCUUCGUUUGUCAGGACAUAAUAGAUUGGCGACUGAAAGUGCGACAACUGAGACUUAAUAUUGCUCGCGUCAAUUUACCUUUUUCUUUUUCGAAUUGUGCGACUUCUGUUGAUGGAGAAUGUUGGCUCUAAAAUGACUAUGGCGCCUGUCUUUCUUACAGCGCGGAAUUGCAGAAUUAUCUCUUGUUAUUGUGAAUGAAUUCCUAAAUAAUUGUUAAAUACUGAAUUAAAAUACGCAAAUGUAAAUCACAUGGCUAAUUUAUUCCUAUUUGUCUUUUUGCUUUUUGCUUUUUUCUAUGACAACGUUUUUGCAAUUAGGUGUAAGUCGUUUACUCAAUAACAAAGUUGUUGAUAGGAAUGUUAUUGAGCAUUGCUAGCCCCAAGAGUGUCAGAGCUCAAGGUCGUACCUUUACUUCGUGGUCGGAAAGUUUUGACGACUUUGUUCAGUAUUCAUCCUUCCUGGGAUGCCUGUGUGGAUCAGACGCCUCAAACUUGUUGAUAGGAGCGUCAUUCACCCUCGCUGGACUCGAACAAUGUAAGACACCUGGAGGACACUAACACCCGUAAUGAAGAUUAAAAGAACAAAAAUGCCAUUGACUAUUUGGAAGCAAUUUGGGUGAGAUUAAUAACAAACAAAGAUGAAACGGGGUUGGUCGAGAGGGGUCGGUUUGACUAACAUGUUUCUCUUUAGAAAGAGGCCUACCUUUUUGGUUUGCCCAAAUCUUGAAAAAAUGGUAUUUUGCUGUAUUAACCACGGUAUAAAAGUUUUGAACUGACUUUUCUCCAUAGGAGAUGUGGCCACAGACUGAGAUUCAAGAUUUGCACCAGCUGGAACGCUUUUCCCUUAAAGAGGUAAUGAGGCCGGGUAAUGAUCAGUCCUUUCAAAGCCACUUUUUUACAGCUGUUUCGGAUAACACGCGACCUGCGUUGUCAAAAACGUUUCAGGAUUUUGGGUUUUUCUGCGACGUCAAUCAAAUCGUUACCGUAGCAUCCACUAUGUUUGUCAAAUAAAGGCGGCAAUAAGGAAGGAAAUGUUGGCGGGAACGUACCGUUUUCACCCACCCAUAUCUGUGUUUCUUCUGGAUUUGAAAGCUGUAUCCGAACAAUCUAAACUUGCAGGGUUUAGUAUAACAAAGAUCAAAAAAAACUUCGAGCUAAGGUGAAAUGUACUCCGCUGUUCAAAAACACGGGACCGAACUCUGAAGUUUAAAAGCAACGAACCUAGAAUUACACAAAAGGGAUUGAAAUCCACUAAACACAAAUCACAAACCAUGACCUUUGGUUUCCUUAGAGGUCCGCUACACAUUCACGCAACAAAAGUAGGUUCGACAGCUACAGUGUCAGGAACAGUGUAUUGAUCACAUCCCAUAUUACCUUUCGGGAUUGUCGCGUGCACAUUUUUUCCGACAACCUUUCUCGAAAUAACUGUAUAAUAGUAAGACACGGACACCACCCUGAGACGGACAAUUGAAUGGAGUUGGGAUCCAUCUUAGAGAGAGUUAACUUUAGACGGAUAGGGUCAGCUGAUUAUUUUCCAGAUUAUACACUUUGCUUAGUGAUCUUAAUAUUGCCAAAAAACUGUUAACCGGAGAUCACACGUUUACUUUGGUUCCGUACUGAUAUUGAUUAUUCUGUGUUUGGUCCCUUUUUCAGAGCGAAACUCGCCCCAGUACUCAGGACGUGCUGUCAUACGAUCCUGGAACCGCAGGACCAGUUCCAGUAACUCUCCAUUCUGCCGGUAAGGUUUUCAUUCGUGUUACAACUAAAGCAAGAAUCUGCAAUUUAAAAGGCUAGUAACGCCGUGACUGACUAGAGCACAAGUAAGACAAUGUACAGGACUUAACGUAGUGUUGCAACUUGUAUUAAACGGUCCCGUCGUCCAUACACACAGAUAUAUACAUAUAUACACAGAUACAGGCCCCGACGUUUUUAAUAGUUGGAUAGCGCUAUCCACCAGAAAAAUCACCAACCAGAGUAUAAAUAUUUUUAGAACCCGACACCUUUAUGCAUCAGAGAGUGAGAUACCCAGUGAAAAGUACUAUUCACCUUUUGAACUACUGGGGCUGACGGCACCUUUCUUGUACAGUCUGUCUUCUAAUUAAAUAUCUCCAAAACGGACAUUAUUUUCUCGUGUUGACUAUUUGGGCGUUGCUUUUAUUUCUAACAUUGUACAAUAACCUAAUAAGGCGUAUAAUGCCGGAAAAGGAGGAAUCUACUUUAACACCACAAGUGUGAAACAAGUUGUUUACACUGUACCUUUAUGUUAACUCGUGGGAUCGUAAUUUUUAUUAUUUUUUUCUCUAGGAGCUCCCAUUCCUACGUCGCAUUUCUCGAGCCACAGCCUAGCGCCUUUCAGUGAACAUUCCCUCCGUCACAGAGUGCUGGAAUCACCAUUGCAGGCAUGGCAACUGCGAAGUACAUUUCCAGGAUACCCGUAUCCCCGCAGUUCUGGCAUUUCUACAGUUACUCUCCCUCCGGUUCACCCUGGAUAUCUUACCCUGCGUGAAAUGCAGGAUCUACCACAACAGAGAGUUCAGCCCCAAAAUACAAUGCCGUGUUAUUUAAAUCUCGAAGGUUCCGCAGUCAGUUACCCGAAAGAAAUCCCGGGAUUUCUUCCCCCACAUGGAAUGCAAGGAGCGCGUCUUCAUGGAUUGCAACCACAAAGUACGAUGUCAGACGAUCCAUAUUCCAUUGGUCCUGGCGUAUCAACCCAUACCCACUCCACAGUUAAUUUGGAAAGUCUCCCCCCUCAUGAAACGAUGAGAUCCCCGCAAUAUGGAUUUCAUUCGCAAAGUACAUGUCCAAGUUAUCCGUAUCUUCAAUUUAGUGGUCCUAUUACGUCUUCAGUUACGCAACCGCCAGUAAUCCCCGGAUAUUCUUAUCCGUACGGAAACCGCAUGAGAGCCCCACAACAGGCAACGCAACCGCAAAGUGCAAGUUCAGGUGAUCUGCAUAUUAGUGGUCCUGUUGCGUCUUCAGUCAUGCACCCGCCAGUAAUCCCCGGAUAUUCUUACCCGUACGGAAACCCCAUGACAGCCCCACUGCAGGCACCGCAGUCGCAAAGUACAAGUCCAGGUGAUCCGCAUCUUAGUGGUCCUGUUAAAUCUUUAGUCACGCACCCGGCAUUAAUCCCCGCAUAUUCCUACCCUUACGGAAACCGCAUGAGAGCCCCACAACAGGCACCGCAGCCGCCAAGUGCAAGUCCAGGUGAUCCGCAUUUUAGUGGUCCUAUUGCGUCUUUAGUCACGCAGCCUCCAGUAAUCCCAGGGUAUUCUUCCUACCCGUACGGAAACCGCAUGAGAGCCCCACUGCAGGCACCGCUACCGCAAAGUGCAAAUCCAGGUGAUCCGCAUCUUGGUGGUCCAAUGUCUUCCGUCAUACACCCGCCAGUAAUCCCAGGAUAUUCUUCCUAUCCCUACGGAAACUACAUGAGAGUCCCGCUGCUGGCACCGCUACCGCAAAGUGCAAGCCCAGGUGAUCCGCAUCUUAGUGGUCCAAUGUCUUCCGUCGUAUACCCGCCAGUAAUCCCUGGAUUUCUUUCUCCGUCUGGUAUGCAGAGAGGAAGUUCAGAAGUUCAACACGAACGAAAUCCUUCGACUGAAUCUGAUACUCGGCCCAGUCAAUAA